GAAAUUGGUCAACAUAAUGCGUCACAUUUGUCGUUAUUGUUAUUCGCAUUUCGCUGUGUGUUGUGUGAGAGUGAGGUGGUGUGCAUUUAUUAAUUUCUUCACGUAUAAUCAAUUUAUCGAAGCUUCGAAGGUGUUUGGAUCAAUUAAUGUUACUUUAUUAUCGGCAUUAUUGAAAAAUAACGACUUUAGAUUGAGAUCCAUGAUGUGAAUACCUUUCUAAACGGAGUGGGUCAACGUCGAAGUUUUUGACUCGGGACUUGCGAGAGCUGAAUCUGCGUGCGGGACCGGGCGUCAGCAGACCGCGAUGGUCCUCUGACCCCGACUGAUGGCAGCAGCAGCUAAUGCAGAGAGCAGCCGAUCGGCCUCAGCGGGCGGCUACCACCAGCUCAACCUCACAGUGGUAUCUGGAAAAAUACGGGCCAAUGGAUUCUUCAAACCGAAUCCGUAUGUGGAAAUUGUUGUGGAUGACAGCAAGAGCUCAUUGAAGACUGUAUCAGUCAAAAGCACCUACAAGCCGACUUGGAACGAGUCGUUCACAGUUUUGGUGAAGCCCUCGUCUCGGAUCCACCUGGCCGUACUCGACCACAGCUCGAUAAAGCGCGACCAGCGUCUCUCCGAGUCGGUGCUCGACCUGCCCGAUGUGCUGCUCAAGCACGACGGCAAACUCAACAACGCCCAGGUCCAGGUGCGGAUGGUGGCUCCCGGGAAGCCGGCCGACUCUCCGUGUCUGGCGGAGCUCUCCGUGACCCUGUCAGGCAUGUCGGUGCGCCGUGAGACGCUGGACCGUCUGACGCCGCUACUCCGACCCUCCGGCAGUGUGCGCUCCAACCACGACCGCGGAGACACACCGAACGGCCGCCUGUCGAUGGUAGUCGAGAGCCAUCGUCCGGAGCCGCCGCGGCCGCGCCCCCUGCCCCCGGAGGACACGCCGCCGCAGCUGGGACGACGCGCCGGGCCGGCCCCGCCGCCGGCGGCCACCGCGCCGGCCGCCAGACCUGACCCAGGUAUCAGCACUCCACCGUCGUCCGGCUCGGGUUCGGGCAGUGACCGCGCCGGCGGCGGACAGUCGUCCUCAACCGCCUCCCUGCCGGUAGCCAACGGCGCCACCCCGGCCGCCCCCGCCCCUGCCCCCGCCCCCGCCUCCGCCUCCGCCUCCGCCUCUCCGGCUCCGGCGUCCGGCGGUCCGGCGCCGCCGCCCGGUCCGGCCGGUCCCUCCGGAUCCUCCGGAGCGGCCGGGGGACGGCCGGCGGCCGGCGGGGCGGCCUCGGCGGCACCCAAACAGAACAGUCGGACCACCAACGGGUCGGCGCAGCAGGAGGAAGAGCCGCUGCCGCCCGGCUGGGAGGUGCGGAUCGACUCUCUGGGCCGGCGGUACUACGUCGACCACACGACACGGAGCACCACGUGGGAGCGACCGCAGCCGCUGCCUCCCGGCUGGGAGAUGCGCCGCGAUCCGCGCGGAAGGGUCUACUACGUGGACCACAACACGAGGACCACCACCUGGCAGCGGCCGACUGUCGAGAGCCUCCGCAACUACCAGGAGUGGCAGGGCGAGCGGUCCCAGGUGAUGAAGCAGAGCAACAUGCGCUUCCUGUACCCGGCUGGCGGCGGCGCGGCCAGCGCCAACGGUGCCGCCACAAGCGAGGAGGACCCGCUCGGACCGCUGCCCGAUGGCUGGGAGAAGCGCAUCGAGCCCAACGGACGCGUCUACUACGUCAACCACAAGAACCGCACCACCCAGUGGGAGGACCCUCGCACACAGGGGAAGGUGAUCCAGGAGGAGCCGCUGCUGCCCGGCUGGGAGAUGCGCUACACCAAGGACAACAUGCGCUACUUUGUCGACCACAACACGCGCACCACCACCUUCGACGACCCGCGGCCCGGCGCCGUCAAGGGACCGGUUGGCGCGUACGGCGUUCCGAUCGCCUAUGAGCGCUCGUUCCGCUGGAAACUAGGUCAGUUCCGCUACCUGUGCUCCUCGAACGCGCUGCCGAGUCACAUCAAAAUCUCGGUGUCGCGUCAGACCUUAUUCGACGAGAGCUUCCACCAGAUCAUGCGGCUGCCGGCGUACGAACUGAGGCGCAAACUGUACAUCAUCUUCAGAGGAGAGGAGGGACUCGACUACGGCGGCGUGGCGCGGGAGUGGUUCUUCAUGCUGUCCCACGAGCUUCUGAACCCCAUGUACGGCAUGUUCGAGUACGCCAAUAAGAACAACUACAGCCUGGAGAUCAACCCGGCGUCCGAGAUUAACCCCGACCACCUCAUGUACUUCAAGUUCAUCGGCCGCUUCAUCGCUAUGGCGCUGUACCACGGCAAGUUCAUCUACCGCGGCUUCACGAUGCCCUUCUACAAGCGUAUGUUGCACAAGAAGCUGACCACCAAGGACAUCGAGUCGGUGGACCCCGAGUACUACAGUUCGCUCGUCUGGCUGCGUGACAACAACAUCGACGAGUGCGGUAUGGAGAUGCACUUUUCGGUGGACUGGGAGAAACUGGGCAAGAUCAUGCACCACGAGCUGAAGGAGGGUGGCGACGACAUCCUGGUGACUGAGGAAAACAAGGAGGAGUAUAUCAAACUGGUGACCUCGUGGCGGAUGACGCGCGGUAUCGAGGAGCAGACGCGCUCCUUCCUCGAGGGGUUCAACGAGGUGGUGCCACUCGAGUGGCUGCAGUACUUUGACGAGCGAGAGCUCGAGCUGAUGCUCUGUGGAAUGCAGGAGAUCGAUGUUCAGGACUGGCAGCGUAACACCAUCUACCGGCACUACACACGCAACAGCAAGCAGGUGCAGUGGUUCUGGCAGUUUGUCAAGGAGAGCGACAACGAGCGGCGCGCCCGGCUGCUACAGUUCGUCACCGGCACAUGCCGCGUGCCCGUCGGAGGAUUCGCAGAGCUUAUGGGGAGUAACGGCCCGCAGCGGUUCUGCAUCGAGAAGGUGGGCAAGGAGACGUGGCUGCCGCGCUCCCACACCUGCUUCAACCGGCUCGACCUGCCGCCCUACAAGACGUACGACCAGUUCGUCGAGAAGCUCACGUUCGCGAUCGAGGAGACGGAAGGAUUCGGACAGGAGUAGCCGGCGGGCCGGUCUGGUCUGGUCUGAUCUGGUCUGGUCUGGUCUGGUCCGGUCCGCUGUCUCGGGACGAUGGGCGCUACAUUCCCUGCGCGGCCAGCGCGCGAGCUCGUUUCUACAAAUACGGGGUCUAGAUUAUGCCGCUACCGUUAGUCAGUUGUACUGUGAUCACUCUAUUUUACCCUGCCUGAGGGCAUUAGUGGCCCGGCGGCUCGGCGCGGCGCGUACCGCCCCGACCGCCGGGCCCGCCCGGACGCUAUCUAUUGGUGUGCACGCGCGCGCGCGCGCGCCGUCCGACGCGCGACGUGUGCGGUGGAGAGUUGUUUGUAAAUAAUUAUUGAACUAUGAGCCGAUGAAAUAAUACAUGACCACGAAUCGAGAA